AAAAAUAGAAGAACAGCAUAGCGUUGAUAUCGUGUUCCCCGAACGCACUCUAUAUCUAUCUCAUUUUAAUCUUUAUCUAUCUCAUUUUAAUCUUUAUCUAUCUCAUUUUACCAAAAACGCAAUGUAGUACACUUUUAUUGUACAUCAAGAAAAACGUCAACGUCAACGUCGUUAAAAAUAAAUAAAUCAUUCUGAGACGUGAAUUAUUUAUACAAAUUUCUAUACAAACGAGUGUAUAUAAUUAACCAUUUAACUUUUUAUUAUAAAAGUUAUUUUAAGCUAACAAAACUACCUCAAUAACACAUUCGUUCUUAUAUGAUAUUUUGGUAAAUUUUUUUCCAUUUGAUAAAAAAUAAAACUGUUAAGUUGCAUAUCAUUCUCAAAAAAGAGUUACUCAUUAUCUCAAGAUGAUUGUCUUAACUAAAAACGGACUUCAUAAAAUCAUGAUUAAUCGUCGAAGAGUGGAACUAGCACAACAUGUAGCUAGGAGUACUGUAGCUUCCUAUGAUACUGCUGAAUAUCAAUAUAUACAAAUUAGCAAAAUCCCAACAUUCCAUUUUCAACCUUCUUUACCACGAUUGCCAAUACCAAAACUUGAAGAUACAUGUAGGAGAUAUUUAAAUGCACAGAAACCUUUACUGGAUGAUAAAGAAAUACAAAAGACAUCUUCCUAUGUUUCCAAAUUUCUUGCUAAUGAGGGACCGAGCUUACAGAAACAAUUAAUUCAAAGUGAUGCUGAGAAUUCACAUACUAGUUAUAUUAGUGAGCUAUGGUUUGACAUGUAUUUAAGAGACCGUAAGCCUUUACCAAUCAAUUACAAUCCUUUCUUAGUCUUUGUACCAGAAUCUGACCCAAAAUAUGAUAUACAAUUGGUAAAGGCUACAAAUCUUGUUAUAUCUUCAUUGAGAUUCUUAAAAUCUCUCAAGGAUAACAUCCUAGAGCCAGAAAUAUUUCAUUUGAAUCCUAAGAAGUCAGAUACAAAUCUAUUUCGCAAUUUUACAAGAUUGAUUCCACCUAGCUUUAGCUAUUAUGGAGCUUAUUUAUUUAAGGCUUAUCCAUUGGAUAUGUCACAGUAUAAAAACCUGUUCAAUACAACUCGAAUACCAGAACUGGAGAAAGAUAGAAUCUUCCACGAUCCUUCUGCAAAGCACCUUGUAGUAAUGAGGAAAGGACACUUUUAUGCGUUUGAUGUUUUAAAUGCAAACGGCUCCAUUCGUAGCCCUAAAGAAAUAGCUGCGUGCCUAAAAACUAUUUUGGAAGAUAAUAGACCACCGAAUAAGCAUCCCGUGGGCAUCCUUACGACUUCAGAAAGGAAUCAGUGGGCACAAGCACGUUCACAUUUACUCGAAAUAGGAAAUCAAGAAAUUCUAAAAAAGAUCGAUUCCGCUAUAUUCACAAUGAUCUUAGAUGACGAAGUUAUAGGCACUGAUAAAAAUAAAUUAAUUAGGUCAUACCUUCAUACAGAUGGUACUAAUCGUUGGUUUGACAAGUCAUUAUCCAUCAUCGUUUCUAGAGAUGGCUACGGAGGAAUCAAUUUUGAACAUUCAUGGGGUGAUGGUGUUGCAGUACUGAGAUGCUUCCAGGAUAUAAAGGCCGAUAUAUCAAAGAAACCUAAAUUCCAUCCUAAUGAAGUAGAUGAACUCUCAAAGGAGAUGCCAAACAUUGAAAGACUUGAAUUCUCUAUAGAUGCUAAAAGUGAAAGUACUAUUAACCAAGAGAUAGUUAAAUACAAAGAAUGGAUUGAUCGACUAUGUGUAGACCAUAUACUUUGCGAAGAGUUUGGUAAAGAACAAUGUAAAAAGCUUAAAGUAAGUCCAGACGCUGUAAUGCAGUUGGCGUUCCAGUUGGCGUUAUAUAUUUUGGAAGGCAAAUCAGUACCGACUUAUGAAUCUUGCAGCACUGCUGCAUUUAAACACGGAAGAACGGAAACUAUUAGAUCUUGUACAUUAGCAACUAAAACAAUAUGCGCCGCUAUGACUCGAAACAAUAGCGAACUUUCGAAGUCAGAGUUGAAGAAAAUGAUACUUGAUUGUAGCAAAGCUCAUAAUGUGCUUACGAAAGAAGCUGUAAUGGGACAAGGAUUUGACAGACAUCUGUUUGCUUUGAGGAAAAUAUCAGAGAAGUCGAAUUACAAUAAGCCAGCCAUUUUUCAAGAUCCAGCAUACAAUGCUAUAAAUUAUAACAUAUUAUCUACUUCUACUUUAUCAAGUCCUGAUGUACUGGCUGGUGGAUUUGGACCAGUGGUACCUGAUGGAUAUGGAAUAGGAUACAUGAUUCAGGAGAAACGUUUGGGUGCUGUUGUGACAACUUAUGAAGGUAGCCGUAAUGCCAGCAAAUAUGUACAAACAUUAGAAUACGCAUUCAAGAACAUUCGUGAUCUGUUACAUGGGUAACUGUCCUUUCUGAGACUUUUACUGUCAAGAUUUUAAAAAAAUAUGUGAGAACAUAUUAGCGUAACGUAGCUAGCCGAAUAGCUUAUUGGUUUUUAAUCGCAAUAUUUUUGUUACAAUUAACCCUUUGGGGACGAGUGUCGGCAUAUAGCCGCCCAAGCCGUUUUACCGUUCCGGACGCGUGUCGGCAUAUAGCCGCCCAAAUUAGUUCGUAGCUGCAAGGCUCGCGACGU